CUCUCUCUCUCUCCUCCCUCUUCCCUCCAUCUCUCCUCUCUCCUCGCGGCAGGAUGGACGUCGUAAAUCAGCUGGUGGCCCAGGGUCAGUUCCGGAUGCUGAAGGUUCCUCUGGGCUUCAUUAAGGCCUUACAAUGGUUCUUCGCCAUCUUUGCCUUCUCCACCUGCGGCAGCUACUCCGGGAUGUUCCGGGUGGCGGUGGAUUGUAAGAACAAGACGGACAGCGACCUGAGCAUCGAGGUGGAGUUCGAGUAUCCAUUCAGGCUCCACCAGGUGUUCUUCCAGGCACCCACCUGUAAGGAGGGGACCAAGGAGCAUGUCUUCCUGGUGGGCGACUACUCGUCCUCCGCUGAGUUCUUCGUCACCAUUGGCGUCUUCGCCUUCCUCUACUCCACGGCAGCGCUCGCCAUCUACAUCUUCUUCUUCGACAAGUACAAGGAGAACAACAAGGGCCCGCUGAUCGACCUUGGGGUGACCGCAGUGUUCGCCUUCAUGUGGCUGGUGAGUUCGGCGGCGUGGGCCAAAGGUCUGUCCGACGUGAAGACGGCAACCGACCCGGACAAGGUCAUCACUCAGAUCACUGCCUGUGACGUUGAGGGGAACAAAUGCCGCGAAGUCCACGACCCAGUGAUGUCCGGACUCAACACCUCCGUGGCGUUUGGCUUCAUCAACCUCAUCUUGUGGGUGGGCAACCUCUGGUUCGUCUUCAAGGAGACGGGCAUCAUCGCGCCCUUCAUGCGGGCUCCGCCCCCUCAGGAGAAACCUGCCGCAUCGGACGCCUACGGCCAGCAGGGGGCCUAUGAGCAAGACCCGUACGCCAGCAACCAGGGAGGGUACCAGCCCGAGUACAGCCAGCAGGAUGCAGAGUACGGGCAGGGCUAUGGCCAGCAGGGGGCGCCAACCUCCUUCUCCAAUCAGAUGUGAAGUGACACGAAGCAGAAAUCGUCAGAGUGAAACAACCGUGGGUCGCCUGCAACCUACCCACAAUGCAACACUCCUGUCUGUCUGCAGGGUCAACGGGUGGGAGGGGGAGGGGGCGGGGGGGUUAGAUGUUAAUUAUAAUGAAUCGAUGUGUAAAUUAUAAAAAAGAGAGAGUUAUAAACUUCAGAUCAACAACAACAACAACAGAACCAGAGCUGAUGAUGAUGAUGAUGAUGCUUAUUGGUAUUGAUCUGUGGACAGAAUGUAUGUUGUGUUGUAAAGAUUUCACUUUGAACAGAAAUAUAAUAUACACUCUUCGUGUUUCAUAAGUCCCGCCCCUCGUCGUAUGCCCCCCCCCCUCCCCCGGAUUCACAUUGGCCAAUCACGAAGCAGCUCAGACCGGGUUCCACUCUGAGAGCCAAUCAGAUCCGACCAGCAUCACCUCCCGACUGUUUGUCUUGCUGCAUGUAAAUAUCAACACAGGAAGUGAUGUCACAGCGGGCGGCGCCAACCCGGUCUGAGCAUCUCCAUGGUGACGGAGGCUGAAACCGAAUCCAACAUGGCUCCCGCUCGUCACGGCUCCUGUGUUUGAUUGACAGCUGUCACUUCCUGCUGCUGCUGACACAAACGUCCAGUUUAUCGCUACUAACGAUUAAUUAUUGAUUAUUGAUUAUUAUUGAUUACACCUGGUUAGCUCAUGUUAGCCUGGUUAGCUUGUGUUAGCUCGUGUUAGCCUGGUUAGCUUGUGUUAGCUCAUGUUAGCCUGGUUAGCUUGUGUUCAGCUAUGAUUCAAUGUAUUUAGAUAUUUUAGUCUGAUAUUAGAAGAAAAAAGAUCCAAAUUAAUUAUUAAGAAAAUCUGAUUAAAUUGUUCAUCAGGAAUCAAUAGAUAUUUGGUUUUCUCAGAAUAAAUAAUAAUAAUAAUAAUCAGAUGAGUUUAGCGAUCAGACGGGCGUUUGCUCUUGGGCAAUCAGCAGCAGCCGUCAGCUGACCCACAGAAACACACCUGAAGCUUCUGUUUCUUCUUCGUUGGUUUAUUUGAUGAUGAUGGAGUCGUUCCUCCGCAUGGUGAUGUGUUUCUGCUCGUGACGUUCAGUGACUGACAGUGAUUCUACUUCCUGUUCUCCUCGGCUGUGUGUGUGUGUGUGUGUGUGUGUGUGUACCUGUUCACUCUUCUUCUCCUCUCUUUAUUUCUCUCCUCUCUUCUUCUCCUCCUCCUUUACGUUGUGACUCUCCUCUCCGCCUCCGUGUGGUGUAACUUCCUGUGUGAUGAUAAUCUAUUCAGCAUCAGUAACCAUGGCGACGGUGUUGACAGUGAUGAUGUGUGUGUGUGACUUGUUGCUAUGGAGACGCAAUGUCCCCCCCCACCCCCCGCUGUGUUUAUUCAAUGGAAAGUUUCAAUAAACUACAAAGUCGUCUGGU